CUAAGGAGAAAAGAAAGGUGUUUUUUAUGUUUCGGAAGAAGUCAUAUGUCCACUCAAUGCAGUAAUAAAUUUUCGUGUAAAAAAUGCAGAGGAAAACAUCAUGACUCAAUUUGUUUCAAAUCGGACUUGAAUGACAAAGAAGAAGAGAAGGAGUCCAAAACAUUAGAAGAAGAAAAGCGAUCCAUUAUGCCUAAAUAUAUAAUGCACUUACCUGGAAUGCCACCAAUGAUGGGUGGUAAAGGCUUACAGAAUCCUGUAAUGAUGAAUGGUAUGCAGAUGAUGAGGCCUUCAAUGGGAAUGCCACCAAAUAUGUCUGGUGGAGGCAUGCCUCGAAUGGGUUCACCUUACAGUGGACAGUCUAUGUUUCCACAGGGAGGAUCGUUUCCCAUGAUGGGUCAAGGUGGAUCUCGUCCUUAUUAGUGUGUGUGGCAUGAUUUUACAAAGAUAAGUGUCUUCUACUUUUCAUUGAAAAGAAACACUCUUUUUAAAUCAAUGGAACUGGUUUCCUACAUAAAAGCUCUAUUUCAACUCAUUCAACUUGGAUUUUUCUCAUAAGAGUGCAUUAUUUAAAAACUUUUCCCAUAUCUGAAUUUUCAGGGACAUGUACAAAUUUCUUAAAUUCAUAAAGAUGGAUGUUUUAUUAA